AUGGACAAACCAGUAAUAGGAAAAGAAUGGUAUACAGAAAUGAACAAGCAGCCAGUUCUCCUUUAUGAAGACAUCUCCCAUGGCUGCGAACGAUUCACUGUUCCCGUAUUCUCAAAUCCACGUUUUAAAAUGGACACUUUAGUUUUUGACAAUUUCAAAUACACAUCUCGAAUCAUUGAUUUAUCUGGAAAUCUUGCUUCAAGAAGUGCCACGCCCACUUUCGUCUGUCACUGUGCUGGUCAGUGUACAGAGCACUGUGAAUGCUCGUCAGGAGUUUAUGGUGCAGGUGGUACUGUAGAAGACAUGGACCAAUUGAUGUGGGAUACUGUAAGAGAGUGUAAUGAGAACUGCGAAUGUGCACUGUGGUGUGGAAAUCGAGUGGCGCAGAAAGGGGCCAUGUACCCGGUGGAGAUUUUCGCGAGGGAUCCAUGGUGUGGUUGGGGUGUCCGUGCAUCGGUAGAUAUUCCGUUUGGAACUUUUAUCGGCGAGUACACGGGAGAACUGAUAGACGAUGAUGAGGCUACAGAGAGGCGUGAUUCGACGUUUUUGUUUGAGACUAGAGUAGGAUCGAUGACAUUAACCAUCGACGCCAAGUACUCCGGCAACUACACCCGAUUCAUAAACCACAGUUGUUCUCCGAAUGUCAAGGUCGCCAACGUAAGCUGGGACUACGACGAGAUCCAACUCAUCCAUAUGUGUUUCUACACUGACAAACUGAUCAAAAAAGGAGAAGAACUAACAAUUGAUUACGGGGAAGCCUGGUGGGCGAAUAAAAAAUUUGCCUGUAUGUGUGGAUCUCCAGAAUGUCGAUAUCAGAAUGGGAAGGCUAUCAACGAAUAG